ACAGACCUCCACCUCACAAACCACCCAGAACCUCAGGCCCGACAACACCAUGGUCAACUCCUGUUGUGGCUCCCUCUGCUCUGAGCAGGGCUGUGGCCAGGAGAGCUGCUGCCAGCCCACCUGCUGCCAGCCCAGGUGUUUCCAGACCACCUGCUGCAGGACCACCUGCUGCCAGCCUAGCUGCUGUGUGCCCAGCUGCUGCAGACCCCAGUGCUGCCAGUCUGUGUGCUGCCAGCCCAGCUGCUGCAGGCCCAGCUGCUGCAUCUCCAGCUGCUGCAGGCCCCAGUGCUGCAGGCCCAGCUGCUGCAUCUCCAGCUGCUGCAGGCCCCAGUGCUGCAGGCCCAGCUGCUGCAUCUCCAGCUGCUGCAGGCCCCAGUGCUGCCAGCCCUGCUGCUGCAGGCCCAUCUGCUGCAUCUCCAGCUGCUGCAGGCCUCAGUGCUGCCAGCCCUGCUGCUGCCGCCCCAGUUGCUGCAUCUCCAGCUGCUGCCAGCCCACCUGUUGUGAGACCACCUGCUGCAGGAACACAUGUUGCAGACCUUCCUGCUGCAUCUCCAGCUGCUGUAGGCCCCAGUGCUGCCAGCCCACCUGCUGCAUCUCUAGCUGCUGCCGCCCUAGCUGCUGUGUGUCCAGCUGCUGCAGGCCCCAGUGCUGCAUCUCUAGCUGCUGCCAACCCAGCUGCUCUAGCGCCUCGUGCUGCUGAGAGCAUGGCCCUGCCUGCUAGGGUGCUUCAUCACUAGUCAGCCCUGGUGUAGACCGCUGGGCAGCUGAGUUAUGAGGGGGGGAUUAUGAAACCUCAGCUCCACCUGGGAUUGCUUUUGGCCUCCACAUGUUGACCCUCCACCCCGUUAUGGGCUCACAAAUGUAUACCUGUUUAAACUCUGUCAAAUACUCUGGGAUCCCUAUGGAAAUAUCUGUUUUCUCCCCCAUUUUCUCACCUGGAACUAUCCUAACCUCUUAAAUAAACUUGAAGUUUUCAAACAACCUGCAUAAA